CAACACUACAAAUCUAUUACAUUUAUUGAGGGAAGAUGAUGGUCGCUAAACGAUCUCCCGAGAAACAAGAUGUAAUGUCCUCUAAGAAGCUGAAAGUAGCUGAUGAUAAUGAUAACGGUGUUAUAAGAAAUAAAUCUGAGCUUGAGAAAUCUCAAUCUAAAAAGAAGAAUGAGAGUAUUCUCAUCAAUCCAGAACUAGAAGUAAAGGUGGAAGUGGACCAGAAAAGACGGGAGCAGCUGAACUCGAGUGCUAAUCUAGUGCGAGUGUUUGCAAGUGAGUGCUUCACUCUGCACUCGCCCAAUGUUAUCAGUUACACUCACUGUGGGCAGGUUCCUCAUAUUACUGCUGACCUGUGUUCCUCUGAAGUCAAUGGAGAUUUCAGCAUCGUCCCCCUACAUUCAAUAUUUAACAGUGUAAAAGUUCUUGGAAAACUUGGCAAAACACUCUCUCAAUUUGUUAACACAAAGAAUAAGAUCAUUCUUAAUCCUUUUGACAGUUCAGAGCCAUGUGAUUUAACCUCUUUUAACGAUCAACUGAGUAUGUCAGUGUGGGGUAAAGGCGGUAACAAGAAAGUCACUUCUAAAGACUACAUUGAGAUCAUCAAGGUUUGUCAGCCGGAGAUGUUCGUCUCUUUAUCAGAUGUGGUACCAAGUACAGUCAGUAAGAAGAGAGCUAAUAAAUCCUGUUAUCGAACUCUACGAUGGGUGACGGAAGCAAUAACGCAUUUGUCAGAUUCCAAUGAGAUGACGUCACGACUUCUAGCCCCGAUCCCCGGAUCAGGAGACAGACAGCUGAUGAUGAAGAGCGCUUACUUACUCGCCACCAGACAAGUCUUCGGGUACGUUAUAGAAAGAGCAACAUUACCCCGGGAGGGCUGGGAGGAUCUGGUUAAAGAUAUCAUCUCGAUAUUACCUCCUUCUCGACCUGUCUUCAUGCUAGGAGUUCUGAACGAGUUAGAGAUGGUACAAGCUCACAACUGUGGCUGUCACUUUGUGGACAGUUCCUUUGCUCUACAAUACUCCAACAAGGGCCAGGCAAUGGCGCUCAACACACUAAAACCCUCUAAACUACCUGACCCCUCCCAACUUGACAAUCUUACUUCGGAGAAGCCCUCUGAAGAUUUCGGGCCUAGUCUUGCCGUGAAUGUUCCUCAACAAAUCAGUGGUGAGAGUGAUAACAAGAAGAGAAAAGGCAAAGAAACUCAAAAUGGAAGAAAUCUGAUAUUUAAAGCAGAAGAUUACAUGCCGACUAAAUCACUGACGCUCGAUUUAAAAUCCCCUGUAUACACGAGGCAGUUUUACAAGAUGGUCGAAGACUGUCAGUGUUUCUCGUGUACCCGUCAUACACGAGGGUACAUCAACCAUUUGUUGAUAACACGGGAAUUGUUAGCCCCUACUCUGCUUAUGUUGCACAAUGUCUACCAUGUUAGGAAUGUAGUGAAUGUUGUUAAGAUGAAGGUUAAUGAGGGUGUUUUAGCAGAAUAUAAAAAGGAGCUUCAGGAGGUUUUUAGUUAAGAUUAGAUGUUAAAGGUCUGAGAACUUACUUUUAAUAUGCUAUUUAGUAUUUAUGACUCAGUUGUUAACCCUAUUUUUACUGGUAUAUUGCCUUUUAAUAGUUAUGCGGCAAUGUUCAUAUAUACACGUGGGAUAGUUUUACUGCCAUCAUUUUAUUAAUUUAUUAACAUGCCACAAUUUAUUAACUGAAUAUUGACCCGAAUUUAAUUCAAUUUAUAUACGAUAAACUCGCAUAAAGUCGCAUUUACACACUAUUGUUCUAUUUUACCAAACAAUUUAUUAACAGAUGUUUUUGAAAGAUACUGUUACUACAAACAAUCGUAUCAUUAAUAUGUUUAAGAAUCCUAAUGUAAUCAGUCGCCUGAUUUUCUUGUGAAAUUUGAUUUCGAGAUAGCAAUUUACCAACAAACUAGGGCAUGUGACCGAACUUUUGAGGGGGUUCCGGAAUCGGGUGC